CCUCCAGCAUGAUGCUUAUUUGCACUGAGGUUGCAUUAUUCACACCAAAAGUGUUGUUGUGGUCUGCGUCGUGUGCUAUUCUGAGUGUGCUUAAUCUAAGUUUCCUGUGUUAGGUUUUCGUUGAGUUCUGUAUAAAAUAUCUAAAAAUCUCAAAAUGGAUGAUGAAACUGACACCAAAGUUUCUCCAACACAAACCGUUAUCAAGUCACCUGAAGCGGUGGAGAAUGAAAAUGAUUCUAACAAUGCUAACACAAAUCAGGAAGGACAACAGCUUUCUAAAAGAAUGCUUAGAAAGAUACGAAAACGUGAGCAAUGGCUAGCAAAAUUGCCAGAAAAAAGGGCGAAAGAAAGAGAAAAAAUGAAGUUAAAGAGGAAGGCUGCUCGUGAAAACAAUGAGUCCCUUACAUCCAGAAAACAGCUGAAACAAUCCACCAUGGCAAACAGUAGCUGCCAAGUCCGUGUUGCAGUUGACUUGGACUUUGACGACCUCAUGAAUCCAAGAGAUUUAGGAAAGUGUGUGAAGCAGUUAAUGCGUUGUUACACACUCAAUAGAAGGGCAGCCAAUCCCAUGCAGCUGUAUUUUACAAGCUUUAAUGGUAAAUCUGAACAAGAAAUGAGUAAAAAUAAUGGUUAUUCCAAUUGGGAUGUCCAUUUUAAAGAGGAACCAUAUUCACAAGUAUUUCAAACUGAUGACAUAGUAUACCUGACCAGUGAGUCUGACAACAUAGUUACAACGCUUGAUGAAACAAAAGUUUAUGUGAUUGGAGGACUUGUAGAUCACAAUGGACACAAGGGUCUGUGUCACAGGUUAGCUGAGGAAAAGAAAAUAGCCCAUGCUCAGUUGCCCAUUUCAGAAUUCCUUGAACUUAAAUCAAGAAAAGUUCUGACUAUUGAUCAUGUAUUUGAAAUACUACUUGGUGUAAGUGAGGGCUUAUCGUGGAAAGAUGCAUUUUUAAAAGUUUUACCUCAACGCAAAGGAGCUAUCGGCAAGAAAGAAAAUGAUGAUCAUAACAGUACCUCUGAAUCAAGUGCAACAUCGGAAAGUGAAAGUAAAAAUUGUAUCGCACUUGAACCUCUUAAAACCUGUACCUCAGAAUCAAAUGGAACAUUGGAAACUGAAGGCUCAAUUACUAUCAAAGGAGAAACAGUGGAGAUGUGUAAUGAAGAUGUAAAAAAAUUGUGUGUUGAUGGGUCACAAUCUACUUGAAAUGUACAACUUUAGUAUGAACUUUUGUUCUUUUUUUCGAAGAACAUUUUGUUAUUACAUUUGUAAAAUUAAUACAAAUGAUGACAAUUUACAUUAAAUUAAUUCUACUUA